UUUCUGCAGAUCUGGGGCGAGCUUGCACGUUACAUCACCGGUGCAUCGCUUCUUGCUUGCUUAAAUUAACACCACAUAGGCUUUUAUUGCGGAAAUCGCCAUAGACUCUUAAGGGCCGCGGAACGGGACGGCCUUCGUAACUGGUUUGCACACCCCCAGCAGAUCUCCGUGCCGCGGAGUUGGACGCAGACGUGGGUUGUAGGAGCUUUCAUUUUCCCCAGCUUUACAGCUACUCUUUGGCCCCGUUAGCUUCUAGAUUGGAAGCCGAGGGGCUGAAACUCAGAAAAGCAAUUACUCUUCCCUGAUGAGGCAAGAAUAGCGACAUGAUUCCACCUGCAGCCCUAUAGAGAUUGGUCCCUCUGUCUUCCCCUCACAGUCGUGGCCUUUUAACGUUCCUGUGUUAUUUGAGUGCCAAAAUGAGUGACCGAUAUCUAGAACAAAGGAUUAGUAUCAAAUUCUGCGUGAAAUUGAACAAGUCUGCAAGUGAAACCCACCAUCUUUUAAAAGAAGCUUAUGGGAAUGAAGUCAUGUCAAGGGCCAGAGUUUUCGACUGGCACAAAAGGUUUAAAGAAGGGCGGGAAGACAUUCGAGAUGAUGCCCGAAGUGGUCGUCCAGUCACCCACCGGACGGAUGAAAAUAUCCAGAAGGUCAAGGACUUGGUUUGUUCGAAUAGGCAGUUAACUGUGAGGAUGAUGGCUGAAGAGUUAAAUUUAGAUAAAGAAACCGUUAGGCUCAUUCUGAAAGAAAACUUGAAUAUGAGGAAGGUAUCUGCAAAAGUUAUAUCGGGUAUUUUGAAGGAUGAGCCUCAACCUCGAAAACUUGACUUUCGGUCUGAUCAUUCAAAGGAAACUAGGAAAAAUAGCUCAUGUGUGAGGGAAAAAGUAACAAGUUCUGAACCAUGGAGUCAUCUCCAGGGCGAAGCUGGUGGGGAAAUGCCUCUGCCUGUAUCCCAUCCCAAAAUCCAUCCUUCCAGCUAGCUGCUGCAGACUUCAUCUUCAGCGAGCCUUCCCAGCAGGGCGGCUCAGGCACCGUGGUGAAAGGAAUCUGGGGUAGCUGAACCCAAACUAGAAAGCUGCCUCACGGUGGUUAGGCACCUUCAUUUGCUGCUCAUCUAUUUUCAGCUUCUUUAGGACUCCUCUCUACAUGUCAUGGCCCUGCUACUUACUCUUUGCUGGACUCUUGGGCCAUCUUCCUUGCUGUUCUCCACAACUUUGAAGAACUGUUGGCUGUUGACUUCUGGUACUUGCUUGUGCUUGAUUUUUCUUUUUUCUUUUUUUUUUUUCCUUAAGUUUUUUCUUCACUGUCCAGACCUUAGCUUGUUGUG